UUCAUCAUCUCGAUCCCCUCCGCCUCCCCCCCCCCAAUUGACACCUUUCCCCCCAGUCUCUCCGUGCAGCCACUGGGCCAACAUUCACCAUGAUAUCCCGAGCGGCGGCUCCCUCAUCUUCCUCCAUCGCCAACCUUUCCUCCCGCUCCCUCCGAGCCCAGGCCCCGGCUGCCCGUUCUUUCGCGACUGUCCAGGACAACGCUCCCCCCGUACGACACUAUGGCGGCCUGAAGGACCAAGAUCGCAUCUUCACCAACCUUUACGGUCACCAUGGAGCCGACCUCAAGUCGGCAAUGAAGUUCGGUGACUGGCACCGCACCAAGGACAUUGUCCUCAAGGGUCACGACUGGCUCAUCUCUGAGAUCAAGGCUUCUGGUCUUCGUGGUCGUGGUGGUGCCGGUUUCCCCUCCGGAUUGAAAUACUCCUUCAUGAACUUCAAGGACUGGGACAAGGACCCCCGCCCCCGUUACCUGGUCGUCAACGCCGAUGAGGGUGAGCCCGGAACGUGCAAGGAUCGUGAGAUUAUGCGCAAGGACCCCCAGAAGCUCAUCGAGGGUUGCUUGGUCGUCGGCCGUGCGAUGAACGCCAACGCCGCCUACAUCUACAUCCGUGGUGAAUUCUACCACGAAGCCACCGUCCUGCAGCGGGCUAUCAACGAGGCCUACGAGGCCGGCCUGAUCGGCAAGAACGCCUGCGGCACCGGCUACGACUUCGACGUCUACAUCCACCGUGGAAUGGGUGCUUAUAUCUGUGGUGAGGAGACCUCCCUGAUCGAGUCGAUCGAGGGCAAGGCCGGCAAGCCCCGUCUCAAGCCCCCAUUCCCCGCUGCCGUCGGUCUGUUCGGUUGCCCCAGUACGGUCACCAACGUCGAGACCGUGGCGGUGGUGCCCACCAUCGUGCGUCGUGGCGGCAGCUGGUUCUCCUCCUUCGGUCGUGAGCGCAACGCCGGUACCAAGCUCUUCUGUAUCUCCGGGCACGUCAACAACCCCGUCACCGUCGAGGAGGAGAUGUCCAUCUCCCUGCGCGAGCUGAUCGAGCGUCACUGCGGUGGUGUCCGCGGUGGCUGGGACAACCUCAAGGCCGUCAUCCCCGGUGGAUCCUCGACCCCCAUCCUCCCCAAGUCUAUCUGCGACGACCAGCUCAUGGAUUUCGACGCCCUCAAGGACUCCCAGUCCGGUCUGGGUACCGCCGCCGUCAUCGUCAUGGACAAGUCGACCGACGUCGUCCGCGCCAUCUCCCGCCUGUCGACCUUCUACAAGCACGAGAGUUGUGGUCAGUGCACGCCCUGCCGUGAGGGCAGCAAGUGGACCAUGCAGAUGAUGCAGCGCAUGGAGACCGGCCAGGCCCGCGAGCGCGAGAUCGACAUGCUCCAGGAGCUGACCAAGCAGGUGGAGGGUCACACCAUCUGCGCUCUGGGCGAGGCCUUUGCCUGGCCCAUCCAGGGUCUGAUCCGUCACUUCCGGCCCGAGCUGGAGGCGCGGAUCCGCGAGCACGCUGAGCAGCUCGGCGGCCAGUCUCCCUAUGCCGGUGGAUGGCACCCUAACAGCCGGGCUGAGGGCAAGUUGAUCUCUCCCGGCCAGUAGGUUAAUUGAAGGGGUGGGGGUCAGUGGAAGGAAAAGUCCGAGACAUUAAUCAAAUCUUCUUUUUCUUGCUUGAUCUUAGAGAAAGGGUCUGGGUGUAUGUCUGCGUGUGGGUGGUGUUUCAAUUUUCUUUUUUCAUGUCUUGUUCGAUCAUGUACAGUCUUGGUAGCAAUUCAUAUCUUUUCUUUGUUA